UAUCCGGUGCAAUUGGUCACGUACAGGAAUGAGAUCUGUUGCCCAAGUACAAAUGUUUUGUUGGCAUUCCGUAUGGCGCAGCUCUUCUCGAAUCGAGCCUGCGUCAUAUCGGCUCGCGCCUACCCGCAUGACGAGGAGGAGUUUCAGGGCAUAGUGCACUUCGCGGAGCGGUCCCAAAUAGUCAAAGUGUUCGUCGAGAAGAGCAGGGAUGUCGGCAACUGCCAGAAACAGGGCUUCGAGAAGUUUAAAACCAAGUUCGAGCAGUUUUUGAUUUUGAAGGCUCUGGCUUCUUCGACGUCUGGUAACUCUCUAACUCUGGACAUGUCGGGCUCUUCUCUUCUCCUCUUCUCUCUUCUCGUCCUCUCUCCCCCUCGUUCUUGUGGUCGUCGUGAUAUCAUGUCCUCAGGGGCCUGCAGAAGCUUCCGCAGCAGGCCCGAACAGGGGUCCAUGCUCCAGGAUGCCAGUGGCAGGGACUGAUUUUCCCUCUCUUUUGUGUCCUGCCGUCGGCUCAUGGAGCCAAAGGCGCUUUUGCUUUCUCACGGCCUCUGCUGCUGUAGACCGCGUGUGUCGUUGCGACAUACGCGUGAGAGAAGGAUGUUGUAAAUU